UUUAAACAUUUUAUGUUUAGUGAAGUUUAAAAAGGUCAAACUACUUUUUGAACCUCCCAGUGUCAUGUGGUAGCUUUAGGCUUUGGUUGAACUUGUUUCUGAUUGGUGUGUUUAGAAGAUAUCAGCAGUUUUUUCAGAACUUCUAAUUAGUCAUAAAUUGCCUUUGUUUUUGUCUUCAAGACGAUUUCAGAACAUUUUAUUUGUUUUAAGUCAAGCUGAUAAACCCAUCAUUUAGUUUAAAGUGAGUUUUCAGAGCCAAGGAAAGGGCAUUGUUUCAAGUUGAGCGCCACACCUCUACCUUUACAGAAGGAAUCUUGUUUGACCAGAGAAACUCACCUGACGACAGGUCCUCCUCCUUCCUUCACUCUCUGGUUCAAACACACGAUCAGAGAGCAGUGUCACUCGGAGCGCCGCAGCGAUCGCUCCUGCCUCCAACAAAUCCUCCUCAUCAUGGGGAAGAUUGCCAAGGAAGUGUCGGGUCAGAUCAUAAGCUUCGUAGGCCUGUGUUUGGCCUCGGUGACCUGCGGGGUCCCCAUGUGGAGGGUGACCACCUACAUCGGGGCCAACAUCGUGACGGGUCAGGUGAUCUGGGACGGGCUGUGGAUGAGGUGCGUCAUGCAGGCCACGGGUCAGAUGCAGUGCACCAUGGCCAACAACGUGAUGAGCAUGUCUCAGGACCUGCAGGCCUCCCGGGCGCUGGUCAUCAUCUGCCUCAUCGUCGGACUCAUCGGCUUCCUCGUCACCUUCAUCGGAGCCAAGUGCACCAGCUGCCUGAAGACGGAGUGGGGAAGCGCCAACGCCGUGAUCUGUGGCGGAGUCCUCAUCAUCUUAGCUGCCAUCCUGGUCCUGAUCCCAGUCUGCUGGUCUGCAGCCAUCACCAUCUCAGACUACGGCAGCAGCUCGCUCACCGAGACGCAGAAGAGGGAGCUGGGAGCGAGCAUCUACAUCGGCUGGGCGGCUGCUGCCGUCCUUCUGAUCGGAGGGAUCAUCCUGACCACCUCCUGUCCUCCUCGACAGAAAUUUUACCCAAACUACCCGGUAGGACCGAUGUACCCGUACGCACCGGCGAGGUACACCGGUCCAGUGUACGCGCCUCCAUCCAGCCAACCCUACACCAGCUCCGGGUCUUACGUCCCCAACAAACCUUACGCUGCACCAGCAACGUACUCUCCUCGACAAUACAUCUGAGACUAAAGAGACAAACUGAGCACAGACUGACAGACACUGGAGUCUAACCCUGAACGUGUAUUUUUAAAGCUUUCUCUGUAAUCUUCUAGAUUUUAAYGUAUAAUUAAUUUGUGAGUUUUUUAAUUCUACAAACUUUAGCCUUAAAGUUACUGCUCUGUAUUAGAAAUAUUUGACAUAAAGAGGAAGAUUAUGUCAUCACAGUUUUAUGUUCUGAGAAAAAAAACACACCAGUCAUGUGGAAAACACGGUUUGUGUAUUUAUAUUUCUGAAAAAGCAACUCUAGCAAACUGUGAAUAUYAUUCAUGUUGUCUGUAAAUAAAUGUUUCUACUUUCA